AUGGCCUCAGGGUUUGGAAUACUUGGAAAUAAACAUUCUUUAAUAGUAUUUGUUGUCGUACUUACACUUAUUCAAGUAUCUUCUUCUCGACGUCGAAUCAGCCAUUCACAGAAAGCUUUCGAUCAAUCAGUCAACCUUGAUUGGAAUGCUCAAGAAUCUGAGGAAAUCGAAAAUGAAAAACUCAAGGCUGACGAUUCAGCAACACUCUCACCGAAAAUCAAAAAAAUAACCGAAAAAUCUCCUGAGGCUGUUAAACAACCUAAAGUUCAGGAAGUUGACGAAACUGUGAAACUAUUGAAUGCAGCUGCUGAUAUAUUCAACUUGACUAGAACAGCUGAAGAAAAGUAUGGUAACAGUUCCAUAUACUGGAUUGAUGCCAACUACAAGGCGUUAGAUCUAAACUUGACCGUCUCUGAAUACAAUGAGUGCAAGGCAUGGAGAAAACACUGGAAUAUAUCAGACUCGAAUGAUGAGAAAGUGGAAAACGGGACAAAAAACGAGAAAAAGAAAACAGAAGAUUUGGAGAAGUACCGAAUUGAGACAGAAGUCAUUGACUCAAAGAAACGCCUAAAAGCUCUUGGGAUUGAUGACUCCCUCCUCAAAGAGUUCAAGGCUGUUGGUAUUGUAUACAAAGAGAUUUGUCAGGAACAUACAAGAGAAAUGUGGUUCAGAGGUACGGAUGACGCAAAGAAACUCGGAAUUACUGAAGUCUCACCGAUUUGCGAGCCAUUCAAGGAAGCUCUGAAUCCGGAUACAAUGACAUUGGCAAAACUUGCCAUGAUUCUGAACGAGCUGAUAAACUUGCAAACUGAUGGAGAGCUUCCAACACCAAUGCCUCGUAAAGGGUACAAGUUCACAACAGUUACAUCAGCUACAGAAAUCGCGGAAUCUGAAGAAGAUAUUGCUGCCACAACUAAAAAACCUCCAAAAGGACAGAGCCUUCCACAAUUAGAUACAACUGUUCAAAAAUCUACUGACGAAUCAACUUCACAAUCUAGCCCGACGCUCACUACUUCACAAGCGGAACUCCUAAUCUCAGAACGAGACAGAAAAUUAUCUAAGGUUUCGACGACCACAGCUAUGUAUUUAGACCAAAAUGAAGUUUGGGAGGGGGGAAAUCCUCCUAGUGCCAUUAUCCCUACACCGGAGGAAGGCGUGAAGUCUUCCAGAGUAUCAACGGGUGAAACUAUGCAGCUUGAGCAAAAUGAACAAGGGGAGAAGAUACAUACUCAAACGGAAGAUAUUCCUGGUCCUGGAACAGACAGUGAACUAUCAGGAGUGUCCACGACGAAAACACUGCAACUUGAACAGAAUGAAGUUGAGGUGAAGGGAAGUGAUACUAUAAACGUGAAAAAAGAAAAAAUGGACCAUCAUCACCACCAUAGCCAUCAUAACCAUCACCACAAGGAUCACAAAAAAGAUCACCACAAGCCAUCAGUGUCUACGACAGCGGAAACGCCUACAAUGUCCACUACAACGGAAACGCCAUCAAUGUCCACAACAAAGGAGAAUCCAUCAGUGUCCACGACAACAGAAAUGCCAACAGUAGAUGUGAACAGUUUGGAAAAGCACGAGGAGAAUCACCAAUCUAAUGAUUAUAUUUAUGAAAACCACAACCGAGUUAGUGAAAGCCAGGACAAACCUAACAAAGAUUAUGAAGAAAUGAUGAAUUAUGACGAUGAUAUCUAUGACUAUGUUGAUAUGGCGAAAAGAUUACGAAUUCAUAAAAAUCGUCGGCCGAAGAGAAGUGUUCUCUUUCGCUUGAGGAGAGAAAUAGCUGAUGAGAUCAUUGAUGACGACGACGACUCCUGGCUGGAAGAAGCAGGGAUUGUUCAAAGUGAUGGCUCUGCAUCCAGUUUACUAGGUGAAGAGAAUAUGAUGGGUUCGAACAGUACAGAUGUAGAUUAUUACCCUUGGAUUGAGAUAAACGCAACUGAUGAGAUCAAGUAA